UCGGAGGGCGCCACAGCGGCCAAUCUAGCCGCCGUGUCGUGGUUUGGCCUCGCUCUUUCGGCUGCGAGCUCUCUAUGGUGUUGGCGACGACAUGUGGCGCCUCCCAGGACUCCUGGGCCGAGCUCUUCCCCGUCUGCUGGGACCCGGCCUCCGGGGGGUGACCCCCAAGUCCACCAGCCCAGAUGGGCCUCAGGCUACCUCUUCCACCCUGCUGGUCCCCGUGCCCAGCUUUGACAGGUCAGGCCCCCAUGGCCCAGGCCCAGGCACAAGCAGGGGCCCAAAGUCCCAUGGAUGGAAGGAUGCCUUCCAGUGGAUGUCUGCCCGUGUCUCCCCGAACGCCUUGUGGGAUGCCAUAUCAUGGGGCACUCUGGCCGUGCUGGCCCUGCAGCUGGCGAGACAGAUCCACUUCCAGACAAACCUGCCAGCAGGACCUCUGCGAGUGGAGCGCUGCUCUUGGCGCAGGCCCCUGGACCACUUCCUCUCAUCUCCCUUGUGGCACCCGCGCUCCUCGCUACGGAGGCACAUUCUCCCCAGCCCUGAUGGUCCAGCUCCCAGGCACACUGGCCUCAGGGAACCCAGCCUGGGCCAGGAAGAACCCUCCACUCAGCCUGAGAGUCUCCCCUCACACAGCUCCUUGAGAACAGCUGGUCCUCAGGAUCCCUCCGAGGAAGAUCCCAGUGAUAUUGGCUUCCUGCAUGCCAGCAGUAGCUUCAAGUCCAAGGCAAAACCAGCCCCGCCUCAGCCCACUGGUGAAAAGCAGGAACAAGAUAAAUCAAAAACUCUUCCCCUCGAGGAAGCUAUGACUUCCAUUCAGCAGCUCUUCCAGCUCAGCGUUUCCAUCGCUUUCAACUUCCUGGGGACAGAGAACAUGAGGACUGGGGACUACACGGCGGCCUUUUCUUACUUCCAGAAAGCAGCAGACCAUGGCUACAGCAAGGCACAGUACAACGUGGGCUUGUGUCACGAGCACGGCAGAGGCACCCCCAGGGACCUCGACAAGGCAGCCCUUUAUUACCAGUUGGCUGCCAGCCAGGGCCACAGCCUGGCUCAGUACCGCUAUGCCAGGUGCCUGCUGCAAGGCCCAGCCUCCUCGUGGGACCCUGAGGGGCAGAGGGCGGUGUCCAUGCUGAAACAUGCUGCAGAUUCAGGCUUGAGAGAGGCCCAAGCUUUCCUCGGGGUCCUUUUCACCAAGGAGCCAUACCUGGAUGAGCAGAGAGCUGUGAAAUACCUUUGGCUUGCAGCCAACAAUGGGGACUCACAAAGCAGGUACCACUUGGGAAUUUGCUAUGAGACGGGCCUUGGUGUGCAGAGGAAUCUGGGAGAGGCUGUGAGAUGUUACCGGCAGUCAGCGGCUCUGGGGAAUGAGCCCGCCCAGGAGAGGCUGCGGACCCUCUUUUCCAUGGAGGCAGCAGCCCCAGGGCCCAGCAGCCUGGCAGUUACAGGGUUGAAGUCCUUCUCCAGCCCCUCCCUCUGCAGCCUGAACACUCUGCUGGCAGGAGCCUCACGCCUCCCACACGCCUCAAGCACAGGGAACCUUGGCCUCCUCUGUAGAAGUGGGCAUCUUGGAGCCAGCCCUGGAGCCCCCAGCAGGGCUAUCCCACCACACCCCUACCCCUUGGAAAGGAGUCUCGUCAGACUGGGUUUUGGCUAAGACCUUCUCACUUCAGCCCUAACGAUGGAGCCUGUGGGUUCUCAGAGAGAUACCGCAACUUGAGUCCCAAAGAAGAGGCCAGUUAUCCACCCACCUUCCCACAGAACCUUAAGCACCUGCCCCACAACAGUAAAGAAGAGGAAAGUGUAUGAAGACCUAGGUCCUGGCCAUGUCACCUUGAGGCAGUGACCUGACUUGCCGUGUCUCCUCAGUUGUAGGCCAAGGGCAGUGGUGUCUGCCCUCCCACCCUACAGGGCUGAUGUGGGGCAUUUCACUGUGGAAAGGACCUUGGUGCUCACUUAGGCCAGAGGAGGCAGAGUGAUGCCCAUGGUUACAUGGCUUUAUGAGUCACCAGACCCGGAGAGGACCUGCCUCCUGACUCCUGGCCCAGGGCUUUUUCACCUGUUCUCACUGUAAUUUUGUGUGAAAGCAUUGUUAUCGUCCUGCUGAUGUGAGGGAGUAAAUGGAGAUUGAGCACCUGGAGUCUAGGAGCAGGAGAGUGUAGAUUUUGUGAUCCUCCUCGGUGAAGAGUGUGCCAGAAAUGGAUGGCAGUUUAAUAAAGCUGAUAUUGGGUUAUCUCA